UGUUGAGGAGCAGCAGCUGAAGGCAGGCAGCGACAGAAGGCGACGACUCCACAGUUUGACUGGCUGCUGCUCUGAGACCGGCAAAAUGCGAGGUUUAUUCUCAGUAACGCUGCUCCUGGUCCUGGUCCUGGUCCUGGUCCUGAUGGGCACCACCGAGGCCAACAAGAGAGGAAAGAGUCACAGAGCUGGGAAACAUGAGAAGUCCAGACCCGCCUCAGAGUGCUCCACUGCAGAGACUCAGUAUGGGAAAUGUGUCCCAGAGGACGGAGACUGUGGAGACGGACUGAGAGAGGCCACCUGUAAAGACCACACCGACAAGAUCCACUGCAGGAUCCCCUGCAACUGGAAGAAGGACAUCAGUGACUGUAAGUACAAGUUCGGGCCGUGGGGAUCCUGCGAUGCCUCCACCAACACCAAGAGUCGGUCAGGAACCCUGAAAAGGGCUCUGUUCAACGCCGAGUGCCAAACCACUGUCAAAGUCUCCAAACCCUGCUCCCCCAAAGUGAAGAAGACCCGAGGGGAGAAGAAGUCAAACUGAAGGAUGGACAGAUGUAAAGAUGGAGGAAGGUCUCUCCUCCUCCAGCUGAACAAUUGUCUUCCUCCUUCAUCAAACACAAAAACCGAGAGACUCCUCCGACAACGACCACCUUCACUCCUCCUCCCUUUCUGAUCUCCUGUCUUUGGAUUAAAUGAGGAAAGCUUUUCUCUAGUCGAUGAUAACACUGUGCUGUAGCUGGUAGUUUGUUUUAACAGGUAGUCCUGAAGACUGUUACUGUAGCUCUAGGUGUAUUAACAUCCAGGUGAGGUCCUGACCCGCUCUGAGACCUGAACAGUCCUGGUCUCAGACGAGUCAGAAUCCUCAUCUUUAAAUAUGUUGAUGGUCUGUGACGACAGAGUCUGAUAUAAAAUCUAUUUUUGAACUAUAGAUUAUUGACGAUGCAACAUGAGACUGUACAAAUGAACCAAUUAAAUACUGUACAUUGUU